CGUGACUGUAAUUAUGUAAGAAACAGACUGUUAACCCCUAUUUUUUUAGAUCGUGAAUAAACACGAGUGUAAAUUUUAAAAUAAUAAUCGCUAUGACUACAGCAAGCCAUUUCACGAUUGCAAAACUCAGUCCAGAUAACCAGCCCGCUAUCUUGAGAAUGAAAACUGAGGGGUAGAUUGUUCUAAUUCGUAAUGUGCAUUGCAAAUCAGGUGUUUCCCAUCUAAAACUUCCUUAACCGCUGUUGUUAUCCCCGAUGGUCUUCAGAGGAGGGAGGGUUCUGCGUGUGGACAGAAUCAAUAACACUCAAUGACAUCAUGAGUUUCCCCUGGAGCAGACAAAAGGCUGAAGUAGCUGCGGAAGGAUGCUGUCUCCUAUGCAGAGACCGGGACCGGGCAGAAUGUUGUCUUUUCGCAUUCUGCAUCUGAAAUUACCGGUCCCCCUGCAUUUGCACUAAUGCAACAAAUUUGAUGAAGCCUAAAAAAAACCGGAGUCGAGGAAGCGGGCGGUGAAUCUGACGAAGAAUGUACUGGGGUGUUGGUUUUGCCUCGUCCCGGUCUUGUGUGGUUGAUCUGAGCAGGAAUCAAAGCUUUUCUUUUGGAUUGUGCGGCUCCGAUGAUCACUACUCCCUUUAUGGGUACAUCGUCACUUUCCCUCUGCAGGACUACAGCUGGAUCAUGUCGGGGCUGGGGUCAGAUUCCUGGUGGAAAAAAACCCUGUAUUUGACCGGGGGGGCCCUGCUCGCCGCUGCUGCCUACCUUCUUCAUGAGCUGUUGGCAAUCAGAAAGGAACAGGAGGUUGAUUCAAAAGAUGCAAUUAUUCUCCAUCAGUUCUCAAGGCCAAAGAAUGGAGUUCCUAGUUUGUCACCAUUUUGCUUAAAGAUGGAAACUUACCUCAGAAUGGUGGACUUACCUUAUCAGAAUUACUUUGAUGGAAAGCUUUCUCCCCAAGGGAAGAUGCCAUGGAUUGAAUACAACCAUGAAAAGGUCUCAGGAACUGAAUUUAUCAUAGACUUUUUAGAAGAAAAACUGGGAGUGAACUUAAAUAAGAACCUGAACCCCCAUGAAAGAGCUGUAUCCAGGGCCGUGACUAAAAUGGUUGAAGAACACCUGUACUGGACCAUUGCCUACUGCCAGUGGGUGGACAAUCUGCAGGAGACUCAGAAGAUGCUGUCUGUCACGGGGCCUCUCAGUGAUCUGCUGAAGUGGAUCCUCAGCCACCUGACCCGAGGUAUCGUCAAGAGGGAGAUGUAUGGUCAUGGCAUCGGGCGCUUCUCCCAGGAGGAAAUCUACGCACUGAUGGAGAAAGACAUGCGAACUCUAGCAACCCUUUUAGGUGAUAAGAAAUAUAUAAUGGGACCAAAACUUUCUUCAGUAGAUGCUACGGUGUUUGGACAUUUAGCUCAGGCAAUGUGGACACUACCAGGCACAAGGCCUGAACAGCUGAUUAAAGGUGAGUUAAUAAACCUAGCCAUGUACUGUGAAAGAAUCCGAAGAAAAUUCUGGCCGGAGUGGAGUGAUGACUUUGAUUUUUAUGACGAGACCAGUGAAGACAGCCUGACGCCAACACAACUCCAUGAGUACGGCUUGUACUCCCGAACUGAAACAUUCGAAGAAGAAGUGACAGAAAGCAGUCUGUCUUUCUCUCACACGCCAGACACAGACUAUACCGGACAUUCACUCUUUGACUCAGAUGUUGAAAUGGAAGAAUUCACAGAUCAAGAGCACUUAGAUGGAGCGAAUAAGUAAUCACAUGUACAGUAGGUGCAAGGUGCCGGUCUUUCAAGGAUGUCAAAAUGAAUCAUAUGAGGAAACCAUUCACUAUAACAGUAAGGUAAAUUAAUGAAUAACAGAUUGCAUAAUAAGAUUUCAGGAUAAAAGGUGUUCAGAUGGAUUGAAAAACAGAAUACAAGAGAGAAGAGUAACCACUACUGUUUUGAUUUUACACUUAUUGUAUUCGGCUUCUUUCUAAUGGUAUGUGCUUGGACAACCUCAGUAAGGACCAAUAACAUAUUCGGGUAUCAGUGGUAAGACAGUUAAAUAUUUUAACUGCUAUAUUUGUUGGGUUUUUUUCCCACAGCAAAAAGCUACAGUAUGUAACUUUAAAUCCCAGACCCAUCACUCUUUAAGCAUCAGCCAUUCAAUGAUUCUUAACAUUCCAUGAGUUCACAUUAAAAACAGAGGAGCAUGUGGUGCGUUUUAUGUGCCACAACAAUGCAGUUUUUGGAGAAUAAAAUAUACACAAGGCAGCGUGUAGCUAGUCUCAUUUUUCAGUGUCUGAAAUUCCCCAAGUGCAGAAAGUUUCAUUUUAGAAAGUCAUCACAACACAACAUUUGCUCGAAGAAAUCUCUUUGAUUUUUGUUUUGGCCUUCAUAGAAAUAUUACCACUUCCUCUCUCUAUAUCCCAUGUAAGUCGGCAACAUAUGGAAAUAAAUCUCUUAUUUUAAUUAUUUUUAGGUUAUAUUAGCCAAAAAAAAAAAUGACCAUUUGGUGGACUUAUUGUUCUCAUUGACACUUGCUCUGUCAAGUGAGAUUUUAAGAAUUCUUGUUGAAAUGAAAAUGAGAUCUCUAUACAAAUGAGACAAAGUACAAUUGGCCGGCAAGACAAAUUCGAUUUUAAAAAGUUGGAAAAUUAUUACAUUAAGUCAAGCUGAAUGAAAUUGCAUUUGCUAUUAAAAACCGGGAAAAGACAUUGAUUCAGCUGACAUUAAUGUGUCAUUUGACUAAUGAUGGUGGCUUUGGAAGCACAGGUCUUUCUCUUUGAGCAAUUUAUACUUGCACAAGUGCUGUAGUGUCAUCUGGGUAAAUAUAUCAUUGCUCUGUACUUUAACAUUGGACCACAUUGAGGUUUGUUGCCAUAUGUUUGACUUGGGGUAAGGAAUGAGAAAGCCUCCUUAAAGAAUUCAAUUCACAUUGUUACAUCAUGACUUGAGAUAAGCUGGGAUACCACUACCUCGUCACUUCACUUUUCAUCUGGAAAAAAACAGGGACUCAAAUUACUGCCUUUCUGUGUGUUUGAGAUAGAAAUGACUACAGUCUGCCUAGAUUUUUUUUGUAGCAGAUAAAAAAAUGCAUUUCCAUAGUCUUCAACUUUGAAUCAUCAUUAAUGUAUCAUGUUACAUAUGUAUGUAAAGAAUUGCCUGUUCUGCCAAAUGCAAUAACUGUGUUUGUCUUCACUUUCUAUUGACUACAUCUUCAGUGCUGUGAAUUGGUCAGGUCAGAUUUCGACAUCUGGAAAAUGAAUAAAGGUUACUCACUGGAGGUUUAAAACAUGACUAUUACCAAUUAAAAUACUCAAAAGACAGACAUUCGAAUGCACUCAGUGCAGAUGUUUCAAAGUCACUGAUCAUAAAUGUACUGGGUAAUCCAGCUCCUUAAGGUUUCUCAAUUGAAAAAUUGAAUUCAACAUUAUUUGUGCAUUUGUGUCUCAUAAUAUAAGAUAAUCAAAGUGCAUGAUUUGAAUGAAAUACAGUUAUUUACAUGUUUUUGCCUUAGUGAAUAAGAAAGAAAUCAAAAGCAACAGGUCAAUGGAGAGUAAAAUGUAUAAACACGUCGCUUGAAGACGGGAGGACUGAGCCACUCCUCGUUUAUUUAUUUAUGCACUUUGGAAGGGGAAAUAGGUGAAACCCUGUUGUAUAAAUUGUAUCAUUUUUCUUUUCAGAUGGUAAAUGUCGUGGGUUCUGAAUAUUCUGUUGGAACCCUUAAAAAUACCGUAUUCAAGCUUGUAUUUUAUUUUGUAAAGUUUGCUUCAUAUGCUCAGUAUACUCUCCAGUUACAGUGAUGUUGCUGAACAGCAGCACUCUUUUAAAAGAACUUGGUUUUGGCGUUCACUUGUUUAUGCGAUUUGUUACUUAGCUAUGCACAUAGAAUGCAGUACCAAAUAAAUGUCUAAAUCGGUGAACUCAAUAAAACCUAUUAUUUAUAUAGAUUAGUAAAGCUAAUAGCUCAGGUAAGACAGUUCAAGACUGAGCCGACGUACCAGAAAUCUUUGAUGAAAUGUCUCAAAAUGUAUGUGUAUUAAAGUGACUGUAGUAGAUCAAAACAACAUUACUGUCACAUGAAAACUGUGUAACAGUUUAAUUGCAGCUGAAUUUACCUUUAAUCUUGGUUAUAAAAAAAUAUGGAAAGAGCAGUUUUUGAAAUGUAAGAAGGGUGUGUCUGGCAUGUGUUGAAAACAUAACUGGGUUGUGUUGCAACAUUUUGUGCUGAGUAACUCAUUCAUUUAGAAAUCUGCAUAAGACAUUCUGAGGGUCCUGUUUUUAACACUGAAAUGCGGUGACCUGUCUGAUUAGAACUUAAUUAGAUAUGUACUCUUUUGUGACCAUGGACAUAUCUGUACAACUAGUUUAUAAAGCCAUAUUAAAGAUUUUACAUCAUA